GGAGAGAAGUAGAGGCUAAUCCACUCUACGGUGGCCUAGAGGAGUGGUGAAGUCAGACCAGAGAAUUGAGCGUUUCUGUAACUCGGUGUCGUGAUGUCUUUCAAGAGGGAAGGGGACGACUGGAGUCAGCUCAAUGUGCUCAAAAAACGAAGAGUUGGGGAUUUGCUGGCUAGUUACAUCCCCGAGGACGAGGCGCUGAUGCUACGGGAUGGACGCUUUGCUUGUGCUAUCUGCCCUCACCGGCCUGUGCUGGACACCGUGUCAAUGUUGACUGCCCACCGCUCAGGCAAGAAGCAUCUAUCCAGUUUACAGCUUUUCUAUGGCAAAAAACACCCAAGAAAGGAAACGGAACAAAAUCCAAGGCAGCAGAAUGAAUUGAUCAGGGAAGAAGCCAAAGCUGAGGCUCCUCUGCUAACCCAGACUCGACUUAUUACCCAGAGUGCCCUGCACAGAGCUCCCCACUAUAACAGUUGCUGCCGCCGGAAGCACAACUCUGGAUGGAUUCCAGAUGGACAAGGUCGAUGGAGAAAAGAUGAAAAUGUUGAGUUUGAUUCUGAUGAGGAAGAACCCCCUGAUCUGCCCUUGGACUAACACCCUCUUUCCCCAUUCAUUUCACAAAUAAACUCCGCUGAGCGCUGGGAGCUUAACUUUG